UCUUCGUCUGUAACCGCUAUGGCAACUACACCGGUGCUCCCUUGAGACCAUGUCUCUCAUAAUCAUUCGACUUAUAUCCGCCCUUAUCUCCUGUUGUUAAGCCAUGGCGAUCUCACGGGAUCGUAGACCGCGUUCCCGCGUCUAGGGAAAUAGUCAGUUGUACGUGGACCAGGUUUGUUCUAUCAUACGAAAAAGGCACCAGUGCUAUGUGGGGAGAUCCAACGGAGGCCAUGAUCAAGUUUAUGGCUCUCAUGUUCCCGUCUUUCCGACAGAUCUGAGAUCUAAGCGGAAUCUAAUUGUGAUAAAAGGGCCACUGGUCGCAGCUUGUCUUGUAGGAUACUGUUUCACUACACGCUCGCAACUCUUCCAGUGUUCCAAAGCAAGCAAAGUCACAAUGUCUGCGAAACUUCUUGUCGCCGCUCUGAGCUCUGUAGCUCUGGCUGCUCCCUUUGAUGGCAUGGUCGAAGAGCGUGGCAGCCCGACUACUAAGGCCCCUGCGACUACUGUUCUAGCUGCUCGAGGCACAGCCGCAUGGUCAGGAAACCCUUUUUCAGGUGUGAACAUGUGGGCAAACUCGUACUAUGCUUCUGAGGUCUCCGCGUCUGCCGUUCCCACUUUGGGUGCUGGCGCAGAAGCAGUUGCCAAAGUCCCUAGCUUUAUGUGGUUAGAUACUCGGGAUAAAGUUGACUUGAUGGGUUCAACCUUGAAGGAUAUCCAAGCGGCCAAUGCGGGCGGUGCAAGCCCCCCUAACGCCGGCAUCUUCGUCGUUUACGACCUUCCAGACCGUGACUGCGCGGCCGCUGCGUCAAACGGCGAGUAUUCUAUCGCCGAUGGUGGCGUUGACAAGUAUAAGGCAUAUAUCGAUGCCAUUGUCGAGCAAGUCAAGGCUUAUCCCGAUAUCCUGAUGUUACUUGUUAUUGAACCCGAUUCAUUAGCAAACAUGAUCACAAACUUGAACGUAGCGAAAUGCUCAAAUGCUCAAGACGCCUACAUGGAGUGCACCCAAUACGCAAUCAAGAAUCUCAACCUACCAAACGUUGCUAUGUAUCUUGACGCCGGCCACGCCGGAUGGCUUGGUUGGCCUGCGAACCUAGCACCAGCGGCCAAGUUGUACGCUCAGCUAUACAACGACACGGGCUCGCCAGCAGCUCUUCGCGGUCUUGCUACUAACGUCGCUAACUACAACGCCUGGGAAAUUGCCACGUGCCCAUCGUACACACAAGGCAACGACAACUGCGACGAGUCGAAGUACGUCAAUGCUAUGGCCCCCCUGUUAUCCGCCGCGGGCUGGGAUGCGCACUUCAUCACGGACACGAGCCGUAACGGCAAGCAGCCUACAUCUCAGCAGCAAUGGGGUGACUGGUGCAAUGUCAUCGACACUGGUUUCGGCACCCGCCCGUCGGCUGAUACGGGCAGCGACUUACUGGAUGCGUUCGUCUGGGUCAAGCCUGGAGGGGAAUGCGACGGGACAAGCAACACAACCGCCGCCCGAUACGACUAUCACUGCGGGUCGGCGGACGCACUGCAGCCGGCCCCUGAGGCUGGCUCGUGGUUCGAGGCGUACUUCGAGCAGCUGUACAAGAAUGCCAACCCACCCUUCUAGUGAUGCGUCGGUAGGAUGGUUGUUUUAAGGGGCAUGUGCCAUAAAUGAAAAGGUUGGAAUGAUUCAACAUAUGAAAUAUAUCUAUUUAUCCCACACAGAAGUCGAGCCGAGGGGAAAUAUUGAGCAUAUUCGCCAUAUAAUUCAGU